GGUUGCUGUGUGACCUCACUGAGAAACGCCGUAGGAGUGUCUUUCAAGUGGGUGGUUAAAAACUCUUUCCACAAGUAAAUCAGGAAUGCUGAAAGAUCACUGCAAACAUCUUGCAGAAAUGCGCUCAUUUAGAGAGAUUGAUGAACGGAGAGGAACGGAGACAGACAGAAGCAUGACAGCAGAUAAAGAGAAGUCAGACAGAAUCACAGCAGCGCAGAGGGAGAGAUGAUCAUGACAUAUAUGCAUCUGCUGCAAACCUUCGGCUUACAUGGAUGUACAGAAAGGAAACAAGAAGAGAAGUAAAACACGAGAAAAUAAGACACAGCUCAAACUGAGGAAUUUAAACAAGGAAAGGACAUCAGUGAAACAAUAAGUCAGGACGACUAAAACAACCCGGCAACAGAAACUGGUCCGAGGAUGUGGACGAUUGUGGGUGUGGUCUGUCUUUCUCAGUGCAUUAUGGGUCAGCUGCUGGAGGCCAGGACCAAAGGAGCCCUGCCUCAGUUUAUUUGCAGCAUACCAGGUUUGCCAGGAGCCCCGGGAAAGACCGGACCUCCUGGGCCUUGUGGAGAGGAUGGCCAUGUCGGAAUCCCAGGAAGAGAUGGGAGGGAUGGACGGAAGGGGGAGAAAGGAGAAAAAGGAGAACCAGGCCUCAGAGGUAGAGUCGGGCCGACGGGAAAGCUUGGGGAACGUGGAGAGAGAGGAUUCAUUGGGAAGCGUGGCCCUGAAGGGGAUCCUGGAGAUUUAGGGCCUCCUGGUCCUCCGGGACGUCUCGGGCUAAAGGGUGACAAGGGCCAACGAGGCCCUCGGGGGGAACCAGGCAUCUGCAGAUGUGGAAGUUUGGUUCCCAAAUCUGCUUUCUCUGUAGGCAUCACCAGCAGCUACCCCACUGAGCAAGCACCUAUCAAAUUCAACAAAGUUCUGUUUAAUGAGGGUAGCCACUACAACCCAGAGACAGGAAAAUUUAUCUGCGCUUACCCAGGAAUAUACUACUUUUCUUAUGACAUCACCUUGGCCGACAAGCACCUGGCCAUUGGUUUGGUUCAGAACGGACAGUACCGGAUAAAGACUUUUGAUGCCAACACAGGAAACCAUGACGUGGCGUCUGGCUCAACAGUGAUUUUUCUCAACCCAGAGGAUGAGGUGUGGCUGGAGAUCUUCUACAAGGACCAGAACGGCCUGUUUGCUGACCCCGGCUGGGCUGACAGUCUGUUCUCUGGGUUUUUACUUUAUGCAGAUACAAACUAUAUGGAUACAUUGGCGGAAGACUAUUAGUAGCUGCAUUAACAUCAUUAACUGGUGUUAUCUUGGGUUGGGUUAAAUUUUUAGACACUGUUUCCAUUUUUAAACAAGACAGUAACACACACACAUACACACACACACUCACACACACACAAAAAAAAAUAUACAAAACAUUUUUGCAUUGAAAAUCUUUCAUUCAGUUAUUUUUGUGAUCAUUUUGAACGGUGAUGUGUGAUAUUUUGUAUUAUUUGUGGUGUUUUCGUGUCCAGUGUGAAUGACCUCGAAGUUGCUGUAAUUCACCAUUUAUAUUUUAACUGCAAAAUACUGAAAAUGUAAAUUUCGUUACCUGUGUAUAUAUAUAUAAUCCUAUAUACAUAAAUCCCUAAGACUAAAGGUUUCAACUGAAAAGUUUAAAUGUUUUGCACAUUUAUUUGGAAGUUUUUCCACUUCUUCUGUAUUUUGAACAUACCAAGUAUAUGGCCCAGAACGUAUCUCACUUAAAAAUAUAUGUAUUUAAUAAAUACAUAUUAAUAAAAGUAGCUGAUAUAACAAUCACGUCUUAAAAUAACAAAAUAAAAUAUGUGCUUUGCACAUGCAUGUGGUUUUGGGAUAUUUGUAUGGUGUAACUAUGUGAUUAUGAGUUUCCCCAUAGGGUUUACAUAUUUCAUGUGACUGUACAUGUGAAAUGUUUCUGUAACUACAUUUAUGAUUCAAUUAUUUGCUUACUAAAGAUACAGAAGAAACAAAGAAUUUAUGAUCAUGUGAAAUAUUAUAUUGUAUUAUACAAAGAGUAUAUAUUGUUUACGUUGCUGACUAUUAAAUACACGAUGACAAUGUUUGCCAUGUUAGCUUAUGCGCCAUUAUUGUUGUGUGUAUUCCCGUCAAAUGAAUCCAAAGAUUUG